CGAAAGUUAAAGGACCUGGCGUGUAAUUUACCCUGCCUUGGAGCUGAGGCCGACCGGCACCAUGCCACCAAAAGGAGGAGGAGGAGGAAACUACAUGAGGAAAGUCGGAAAGAGAGAGAUUACACUUGUCUGCCAGUUCCACAGAUCUUUGCGCUUUGCAGUUUUUGGUUAGGGUUUUCUGAAAACUUUUUUGGGUGCAGAAAACGAAGAUCAGAUCAACGAUCUGGCAUUACAUACUUGACUUGUUUGAAGAUUGAUUCUUUUUUUGUUUAUGUUUUGGGAGUUGCAGUGCGUUGAAAACAGUUAUUUGGGUUCUUUGUGGGAUUGUUGGGAAAUGGAGGCUAAGAUCACACAGAGCAUGUAUUUUUCAACGUGGAUUGAGCCGGAUAAGAUAUCAUGGAAACCGAGCAUUUCAGUCCAGUUAUCUCAGAGAUGUAGGGAGCAGCAGGGGCUGCAGAUGCUAACCAUGACUCAUUUGCAGCAUAAGAAAACUUCAACUUGGCAUAGACCUGUUUCUUUGGAGGCUUUUUGCUCGUUUCAGAAAUUUCCAGGUUCAAAUUUGGAAUUUGGAAGUGUUAAAGCUUCUGUUGACAAUGCGUCUAUUUUAAAGAAUAAGUCACAAGAGAUUGUGCCAUAUUUAAAUGGGCGCUGUAUAUAUCUUGUUGGAAUGAUGGGCUGUGGGAAAACAACUGUGGGCAAGAUUUUGUCAGAAUUACUUGGUUAUUCAUUCGUGGACAGUGAUGCGUUGGUGGAGCAAAGUGUGGGGGAAAUUUCUGUAGCUGAAAUCUUUAAGCUCUAUGGUGAGGGUUUCUUCAGAGAAAAAGAGAGUGAGAUAUUGUGGGACCUGUCCUUAAGGCAGCAGCUGGUUGUUUCCACUGGUGGAGGUGCAGUUGUUUGGCCCAUCAACUGGGAAUAUAUGCGAAAGGGAAUUAGUGUGUGGUUGGAUGUUCCUUUGAAAGCCCUGGCACAAAGAAUUGCGGCUGUGGGAACCAAUUCUCGCCCACUUUUGCAUGAUGAAUCAGGAGAUGCAUUUGAAAAGACAUACUGGCGUUUGUAUACACUUUUGGCAGAAAGAAGUGAAGCAUAUUCCAAUGCUAACGCAAGGGUUUCACUGGAGUAUAUGGCAGCUAAAUUGGGCUAUAGAGAUGUGUCAAAUAUCGCACCAGCUACAAUAGCCAUGGAGGUGCUUGAAGAAAUCGAGGGGUUCCUAAGGGAUGAAGAAGGAAUUGCCAUUUGAGGUGUAGCUCAUGAGACGACUCCUGCUUUUUCUGUUUAGAUCCACUGUUGUAAUGUUAUGGUUUUGUAUUGGGUGGAGAUUUGUAGGGCAUAGGCACAUGUUAUGUUUCCAUUUUUAACACCGGAACAUGGCAUGUGUUUGUACCUUACGGGGGUAGCCACUCACAUUAUUGUAUGUACUGAAAUAUUGUAAGGCCUUUUUUUUUUUUUUUUUUGGUUUUAUUUCCCCCACUAAUGUAUAAUAAUUUAAAGAUUUGGAAGGUGUAUAUGUUGUGAAACA